AUGAUCCGCAGAAAUACUCGUCUUCGCAGAGAAUAUCUAUACAAGAAAUCCUUGGAGUCCAAGGAGCGCACCAUCUAUGAUCGCAAGCAAAAGAUCAAAGAGGCCAUUGAACAGGGAAAGGCUGUGCCCACUGAAUUGAGAGAUAUGGAUAAAGCAAGCAAAGAAGAUCUCGGCUACGAUCAAGCACAAGAAGCACCAUCUACUCACGAGGACGAUGAAUAUGCUCGUGGAGGUGUCUACGAUCCCAAGAUUUUGAUUACAACAUCCAGAGAUCCCAGCAGUCGUUUACAGCAAUUUUCAAAGGAAAUGCGUCUUGUAUUCCCCAACUCUCAGCGCAUCAACCGUGGUGGACAUGUGAUGAAGGAAAUUGUGGAUGCUUGUAGAGCCAACGAGGUGACAGAUCUGAUUGUGUUGCACGAACACCGUGGCCAGCCUGAUGGUAUGAUUGUCAGUCAUUUCCCUUACGGUCCUACAGCUUAUUUCUCCUUACACAAUGUGGUGCUUCGUCAUGAUAUCAAGGAUCAAGGCACUGUGUCUGAAGCAUUUCCUCAUUUAAUAUUCGAAAAUUUCAACUCAAAAUUAGGUGCUAGAAUUACAAACAUUUUAAAAUUUUUAUUCCCUGUUCCAAAAGAUGACACAAAGCGUGUGAUGACAUUUUGCAACGAUAACGAUUACAUAUCAUUCAGACAUCAUGUGUAUGUAAAGGCAGCUAAUCAAGUGGAGUUGGCUGAAGUGGGUCCUCGUUUCGAGAUGCGACCAUAUGAAAUCAGACUCGGUACAGUUGAUUUGACAGACGCUGAUGUAGAAUGGCAAUUGGCCUCAUUCACCAGAACCGCAGCCAAAAGAAUGGAACUUUAG